AUGUCUGGGCUUUUACAAGUCAGCAUCGAAUCUAAACAAUUCCCUGGAUCAUACCUCCGAAUUGAUGGAUCUGGGGUUACCUCAUGGAGCGAUUCUGGUGGAGGAAAAGUCAACGCCCAGAACUAUGUUGGCUCUUAUGAAAAACAAAUAAUUGUGAAUGACCCUACUAAUAACACAUUCGCUAUUUUCUCUUCUGUGUUCCCAAAUGCUGCUUUACGCAUGGAUGCCACAGAUGUCACGGCUGGGAAACAGUACCCAAGUGGUGCAGGAAAAGUAAAUUGCCAGUUCGGUGUUGGUGGGUGGGAGCAAUUUCGCUUUGAACCACAGCCUGAUGGAUCAAAGGCCAUUGCUUCCGUACAGUUUCCUGGUGUCUACCUUCGUUUGGACAAUUCCGGAGGUGGCGGUGGAAAUUCUGGGGCUGGGACCGUUAAUUGUCAGGGCUAUGUUGGUACCUAUGAGAAGUUCUUGAUUCAUGUGAUCUAG